AUGGCCGAGCCCGAUCCUCAUAUCCAGCGACGGUCCUCCUCCCAGGCCUCCUCCGCAUCCAGCAGGAGCCAAAAGGCUAAAACACUUCGCAUCAAAGCCCAGAAACGAAACUCGGCUUCCUCCAAUGCGACCACCGAUCUCACAUCGUUCCCUUCGCUUUCCCCGCCCGAUAAUGCCCCCACGUUGACACAAGGCUUGACGAGUACGUUGAUGACAGAAAAUGGUGCGGAAGGGGCUCCCGACGUUGGCCGUGGGCGCAAAACCACCUUGGCGAAGCUUACCACGGGCGUGUCACAUAAUUCUGGCCGAGCCGCCCUAUUCGAGGACUCGGCCCCCAUACGCGAUAUUCCGGGGGCCCUGCACUUGGCAGAUGAUGCUCACAUCGAGCGUUUAAUCUCGAGUACCGGGCCCGUGAAGAUUGUCAGGCAAUAUGCGCGGGAUCUGGCUCAGCGGGAUGCUGAAAUCUCAGCUCUUCGUCACCGUGCCGAUGCAAGGGAGCGGGAGCUCAAGCGGAUGCUUCGAGAAGUAUCCAUAUCGAAUCAGGAUAUCGAGCGUCGCCUAUACCAACUGGAGAACCAUCCAGAGGAUGGGGCCUCGGACGCAGACAGCAGCCACAGUGGUGAAAAUUCCACGGGUCUGAAUGGACUCAUGUCUCAGGCCAUGGCUGAUGCAGUUGGUGCGCAACCUGAUGGAGAGAACUCAGACUUGCAGGCGACUAUUCGUGCUCAGCGAUUGGAAACUGACGCUCGCGUUGGAGGGUCAAGCACUGACUCAAGCAACAAUCGAAAGCGGACGGGGUCACUUCGCGGCUGGGGGGAUUAUCUCUUUGGUGGCUCGGCCAAUGCGAGCCGGAAGACCAGCCGUGCCAGCAGCAUCAUGAGUGAUAUGCAAGGGAUUGACGAGGAAGGCGCUGAGCGCCCUCGAUUGCCCAGUAACCCUUCUGUCCGUCGCAAGGCUCUCGAUGACCAGCUGUUCCAGCCCCCGGGCAUAUCUGCGCGUGAAGCGAAUCGCAUCACCGGUGGCUCUACAAAUGGCGAUGAUUCAAGUAUACAUUCACGCAAAUCCUCGCGCUCGCUUGGGUCUUGGACUGUCAAAUUAUUUGCCGGUAACGCACAAACGCCAAGAGAUGCGAGCGACUCCGAGGCCAGGAGCAUCAAGUCCGACAUCCCGGACAAAACAACCAACCAGCUGGGUGCUUCGAAGGGCGGGAUGUCCGCCAUUGCUGCAUUGAAGAGGAUCAACGGGAACACCACGGUUCCAACAGGACGUCCCGCCAGCGGGAGCAUUGGUACGGUCAGAAUAAAUCCCCCGGCCGCGCGAAGGAAUGCAGCAGGGAGUGUAUCACAAGGCACGGCCCCCGAGACUACAGACCGAAGCGCGACCAACCUUGGCCCCGUGGAGAUGGAUGCCAUUUUGCCUGUCGAGUCUCGACCUCCAACUCUGACUCCAAUAUACAAUAACUCACAGGCCGGCGAGUUCCUUACGGAUCGAUUUGGGUUCAUCUAUGAUCAGCGUCGAAAGAGGCGACAGAGGGAAGCUGCCUCUGGAAAGCCGACCCGACAUCGUUUGAGCAUUGCCGAGACUCUUGGAAACCUUCGAAGCGAUGCCUCGGACGUGGAAGAUAAUCAAGCCGAUCCUCAAAAGGCACCUGAGACCCCGGUGUCUCCUCCUGGUUCCCCCGACGACCCUGAAAGUGGCGCUGUCAGCCUCCGCCGCUGGCAGGACUAUCUCAGGAUUCCAUCUCGUCCAACAGAGCUUCUUUCGCAUACACCAUCUGCGGCCCCGAUUAUUUCUCUGACCACUGCAGGAGAUAAUCGCCCCAAUAGCUCGUCUCUCUCGACGGAUAAGGGUCUCUCUGUCGGUUCGAGCGCACAGCCAUCGGCAACCACAUCGGCCAUCACCGCAGACCGCCCUGAAUUCUCUGGAGGAAUCAUGGAAGAGCCUGUUGCCAUAUCGGCCAAAGCCAAUCUAGCCGAAGUCGAACCAGUAAAGCUACUACUGGAGCAGCUAACUGAUCUCCACGAUACGCUGCAACGUGAUCGUACGGUCCGAUGGAACGAGUUCCUUCGCAAGGUGCGCGCAGAGCGCAGGAAAGAGGGUGAAGCUGCAGCGGCAGCGUCCUCGGACCGAUCCCUCACUGCGGUUGACACGCCUGAAGCAACUCUCGCUGACGGCGAGGUCAUCGGCAUUGCUGGCCUGGGCAAUAAAGGCAAGGUUGGCCGUAACAAGUGGCGAGAAUUCCGGUCACUUGUUCUCGGCGGUAUCCCAGUUGCUCUCCGCGCCAAGGUGUGGUCUGAGUGUAGUGGUGCAUCUGCGAUGCGCAUUCCGGGAUACUAUGAUGAGCUCGUGCGAGGAGUUGGUGGAACUGAACCUGAUUCUUCGGUUAUCGCGCAGAUUGACAUGGACAUCCGUCGCACCCUUACCGACAAUGUGUUCUUCCGCAAAGGCCCCGGCGUUGAUAAACUCAGAGAGGUCCUUUUGGCGUAUUCGCGCCGUAACGAGGAAGUGGGAUACUGCCAGGGCAUGAACCUCAUUGCAGCCUCACUUUUGCUCAUCAUGCCGACGGCCGAGGAUGCAUUUUGGAUUUUGACCUCCAUGAUUGAGAUCAUCCUGCCUCAACAUUACUAUGACCAUGGACUCCUUGCGUCUCGUGCCGACCAGACAGUACUGCGCCAGUACAUCUCAGAGCUUCUUCCAAAGCUGUCAGCACACCUUGAAGAUCUCGGUGUGGAACUGGAGGCCCUUACGUUCCAAUGGUUCCUUUCGGUGUUUACGGACUGCCUCUCUGCGGAAGCUCUAUACCGAGUAUGGGAUGUGGUACUGUGCCUCAACGUCACCAGUGCGGUAUCCAAUGGCCCAGGCCCGACCGUCUCGUCUGCCUCCAGCGUGAAGGAUGGCAGUGACAAGGCGACCCCAUCCUCUGAAGACGGUGCGUCCGGCAGUGGAGGCGGAAGCACGUUCCUUUUCCAAGUUGCUCUGGCCCUGCUCAAGCUCAAUGAGCCGCAACUGCUCACGACGUGUUCCACCCCGGCCGCCCUUUAUACGUACAUCAACCACCAGAUGACCAAUCAUGCCAUUAGCAUCGAUGGCUUGAUCCAAGCCAGCGAGGCACUGCGCAAUAUGGUUCGCCGCGAAGACGUCGUCUCUCGCCGAGCCGUCGCCCUCCAAGAAAUGCGAGAAUUCAGCGGCAGGCAUCACUAG